AUUAGACCUUGUAUUAAAUUACAUCAAAACAACUUAUCAUGACAGAGUGUCUAACAGAAUUUGAAAUUCUUGGAACAUUAAAAAAUAUAGGUGGGCACAAGUACUAAUAAAAGUUUCCUGUAUUAGAAAUUCUUUUUGUGCUUCAAGUAAUGUUUGUUCUAAUAAACAUUGUGUAUAGCUUUUUAUACAAGAAGUGUUUCUAGUUUUUAUAUUUUUGUGAGCAAAGCUGAAAAAAAUUGACUGACUUUCGUAAAGCUAAAUAAACCCAAUAAAUUUUAGAAAAAAAUUCUGACCAUAAUUGGUGACAUAAAAAAUCUAUUUCCAAGCACAUUUAUCAAGUAAAACAAAAAAAAACUUUAAAAAAACUUUAGAAAAUAACAUUAAAAUUCCUCUAAACAUUUUUAUAAGUUAGAUUUUUAAAUGUUGUACUGAAGAGAUCAUCUAUAGCAAUUGCUGAUAGCUUAAGGAAGAUUAAUUUUUACUCUUAGCAUCAAAUGUUUUUCUAUUUAAAUUAAAGAAUUAUGUAUAUUUCUUUUUUAUUAUUUUUAUCACUGUUUUCACUUUUGUUUAAUAAAAAUUAGAAAUUCACAUUUGAUUAGUUUUAGAAGUACCCACAAACUAAAAUAUGCGUACACUUGUUCUGAAUGAUUUUUGAAUGCAAUAUUGUACAGAGUAUGUUUAUGCUAGACUAUAAACAUGCUGAAUUCUAUGUUCAGCUGGAGUUUUAGAAUUCAAUUUUUAAAUGAUUUAUUGAUGUAUGCAUUGGAAGUUAUAAGUACACUCAAUCUCAGUUAUACUGAGAUGUCUGUGCACUGUAUUUAGCUGUUUAUAGACUUUGUUAAAAAACUUGCUGUUAAUAUGAGUAGUGACAAUACAUGUAGUAGCAAUAAUUCUCAUAAUGAGGGAGAAAUUUUAGAUAUUGAUGAGUUUCUUAUGCGUAGUGGAGAAUGUGGGCCAUAUCAAUUUCGUUUAGUAGUUCUAAUUAAAAUACUGACUUUUCCACUCUCUUUUCCUGUGUUUUUAUUUUAUUUUAUUGGAGUUGAUCCAGAAUGGACUAGUAGUCAAAAUUUAAAGUCUCAUCAGAAAGAUGACAUAAGACGGUGCAGCAUGAAUCGCAGUGACUGGACUUAUGAUUAUCCUAAAACAACACUGGUUACUGAGUACGACCUUGUAUGUAACGAUUCGUGGAUUCUUGCUCUACUUGGUUCUUCUGUAUUUAUUGGAUGGGGAUUUGGGAGUAUAAUAAUGGGUUAUUUAUCUGAUAUCUAUGGAAGAAAAGCAGUGAUGCUCCCUACAAUCUUUCUAGACUUGUUUUGUCUAUUUCUUCAUGGCUUCAUUAAGCCAAUUUGGUUGCUUGUAUUCAUUCGAUUUAUGAUGGGAGUGUUCCAUGCUGGGCCAGCUUUGAAUGCAUUUAUAUUGCUGGUGGAAUUCAUUGGACCGAACUGCAGAGUAUUAGCUGCAAACAUUGCUGGAACAGUGUGGGUAAUUGGAUCAGCUGCACUAGCUCUUCAGGCAUAUUUCAUUGAUGAUUGGAGGAUUCUUUGCAUAGUUUGUUCAGCGCCCUAUUUUGUGGUUUUGGUAUUUGGAAUCUGUUUACCGGAAUCAAUACGUUGGUUGAACGCAAUUGGUAGAACUGAUAGAGCUGAAGUUAUAUUGCAUAAUGCUGCCAAAAUAAACAAAAGAGUUGACAUGACGAAAGUGUCUAUUAAACCUGCCAAUGCAGAAACAUUGACGUUCUCGUAUUUUGACCUGUUUAAAGAUUUUAAAACUGCUAAUAUCGUACUAUCACAAGCAUUUUUAUGGUUUAUAGCAGGAAUGGCUUAUUACACAUUUUCAUGGACUUUUGCUGAUCUUGGCGGAGAUAUAUAUAUCAAUUUCUUUCUUUCUAUUGCUGUCGAAGUACCUAUGCAUGCUGUAGCUGUUGUUUGUUUACAAAUGUUUGGACGUAAAACGACAGCAAUUACGGCAUUUUUGGUGACUUGUAUAGCAUGCUUAGCCAUAUCGUGUUUGUCGUUGUUUGAUGAUUUAAAAGCUUACGAACUAUUAUUUGGAUUAGUGGGAAAGUCAAUGAUUUCACUAUCGUUUAUGUCCAUUUUUAUGUGGUCUGCUGAAAUAUAUCCGACAGUUGUUAGGACACAAGGAAUGGGCAUCAAUACAAUCACAAGUCGUGCUGGAGCAGCAGCAUCACCUUUUAUAAAAGUUCUUGAUCAUAUUCAUCCAUCAAUACCGUUUGUUAUUAUGGCGGCUGCUACUUUUAUGGCAUUCCUGUUUUGUUUUAUGUUACCAGAAACACUAGGAAAACCUACUCGUGAAACCUUUAGUGAACUUACAGAUGCAUAAGUUGUAAAUAAAUAGUUUCUGCUUUAGUUGUUUUAAUAUUCUAUUUUUUUCAUUCUUACUUUAUAGAAUAAUCCUUUAUUUAUAAUUGUAUAAUAUGUUUGAUAUUAUUUUUACAUUACAUAAAUCGUAAAACGUUAAUUACAUAAA